CUCCGCCUCGCCACCAUGCACGGCAUGAACGGCUUUGGCAACGGCAAGAUCCACACGCGCCGCAAGUGCCGCAACCGCUUCGUCAAGAAGAACGGCCAGUGCAAUGUGCAGUUUGCCAACAUGGAGGACAAGUCCCAGAGGUACAUGGCGGACAUCUUCACCACGUGCGUGGACAUCCGCUGGCGGUGGAUGCUGGUGGUCUUCACCCUGGUGUUUGUGCUCUCCUGGCUGGCCUUCGGCUUGGCCUUCUGGGUCAUAGCACUGCUGCACGGGGACCUGGAUAACCCCGCCGGGGACGACAACUUCACCCCCUGCGUGCUGCAGGUCAACGGCUUCGUGGCCGCCUUUCUGUUCUCCAUCGAGACCCAGUCCACCAUCGGCUACGGGUACCGCUGCGUGACGGAGGAGUGCCCCGCGGCGGUCUUUAUGGUGGUCUUCCAGUCCAUCGUGGGCUGCAUCAUCGACUGCUUCAUGAUCGGCGCCAUCAUGGCCAAGAUGGCGAGGCCCAAGAAGCGAGCGCAGACCCUGCUGUUCAGCCACAAUGCCGUCAUCGCCAUGCGGGACGGCAAGCUGAGUCUGAUGUGGCGGGUGGGGAACCUGCGCAAGAGCCACAUAGUAGAGGCACACGUCAGGGCGCAGCUCAUCAAACCUCGGAUCACCGACGAGGGGGAAUACAUCCCCCUGGAUCAGAUCGACAUCAACGUGGGCUUUGACAAGGGACUGGAUCGGAUUUUCCUGGUUUCGCCAAUCACCAUUCUCCACCAGAUUGACGAGGAGAGUCCGCUGUUUGGGAUCGGCAAGCAGGACCUCGAGACGGCCGACUUUGAGAUCGUGGUGAUCCUGGAGGGGAUGGUGGAGGCGACCGCCAUGACGACGCAGGCGCGCAGCUCCUACCUGGCCUCCGAGGUGCUCUGGGGCCACCGGUUCGAGCCGGUCCUGUUCGAGGAGAAGAACGUCUACAAGGUGGAUUACUCUCACUUCCACAAGACCUACGAGGUUCCGUCCACCCCCCGAUGCAGUGCCAAGGACAUCGUGGAGAACAAGUUCCUGGUGCCCAGCUCCAAUUCCAACUUCUGCUACGAGAACGAGCUGGCCUUCCUCAACCGGGAGGAGGAGGAAGAGGAGGACAUAGUGGGAGGAGGACGGGUACUCGCUAACCUCAGUCCAGACCGGAGCAGUAGGCAUGAGUUUGAGCGGCUGCAGGCCAGCAGGGGGUUGGAUCAAAGGUCGUACCGCAGAGAGUCGGAAAUAUGACCCAUGUACCUUUGACCAGGGGGAGGUCGACUUUUUGAUACCUUUCUCUGUGAAAAGGGAAAUACGCAGAACAAUGCAAA